CAGGGAGAUGCUGUCGGAAUUACAACACUAUAUAAGCUCUUCAUGCAGUCCAUAUAAAUGACUCGGUCCUCUCUUUACUGAAAAAGAAAACAAAGUGAUCGAAGAAUGGAGGGUGGCAGGCAACCACUUCUCUCCCCACAAAACGAUCACCAGAAUCGAGACCAGCACUUACUAUCAACAAACUCCUCCAUCGCCUCCUCCUUCACUCCUGAUCCUGAUGACAUCCCUCUAAUCAACAGUGUCCGUGAUUUCUCUAUAGAAUUCUGUAGAGAGUCCAAGAAGCUAUGGUAUCUUGCCGGCCCUGCCAUCUUCACCACCUUGUGCAAGUACUCCCUUGGUGCUAUCACUCAGCUUCUUGCUGGACAUGUUGGCACGGUGGAUCUAGCUGCUGUCUCUGUUGAGAAUUCUGUCGUUGCUGGAUUCUCUUUUGGUAUCAUGCUUGGCAUGGGGAGUGCCUUGGAAACACUUUGUGGACAAGCGUACGGAGCAGGGCAGCUUGAUAUGCUAGGAAUCUAUAUGCAAAGAUCUUGGGUCAUUCUUAAUGCCACAGCUGUUAUACUUACCCUUUUAUAUAUCUUUGCUGGACCAUUUUUGAAGCUUAUUGGUCAGACAGCAGAGAUAUCACAGGCGGCAGGGAUGUUCUCGGUGUGGAUGAUACCACAGCUAUUUGCUUAUGCAAUGAACUUUCCAAUUGCAAAGUUCUUACAAGCUCAAAGCAAGAUGAUGGUUAUGGCUGCUAUAGCGGCAGUGGCCUUAGUUUUCCAUGCCGUUUUCAGUUGGCUAUUGAUGCUGAAAUUAGGGUGGGGUCUGGUGGGUGCAGCCGUGGUUCUAAACGCUUCAUGGUGGUUCAUAGUGAUUGCGCAACUGUUGUACAUUUUAAGUGGAACUUGCGGGGAAGCAUGGACCGGACUUUCUUGGAAAGCUUUUCAAAAUCUCUGGGGAUUUGUUAGGUUAUCUCUGGCAUCAGCUGUAAUGCUUUGCCUGGAAGUAUGGUAUUUCAUGGCAUUAAUACUGUUCGCUGGAUAUCUAAAAAAUGCUGAACUUGCAGUGGAUGCCUUGUCUAUAAGCACCAAUAUAGUGGGCUGGGCGGUCAUGAUAGCCAUUGGAAUCAACGCAGCCAUAAGCGUGAGAGUGUCAAAUGAACUAGGAGCUGCCCACCCAAGAACAGCGAAAUUCUCUUUAGUAGUGGCCACGCUAGCUUCGCUUAUGAUAGGCCUCGUAAUCGCGCUAAUUCUUGUCUUGGCACGAAACCUAUACCCAGACUUGUUUACGAACGAUGCUGGAGUCAAGGAACUAGUAAAGCAGCUCACACCUCUCCUCGCUGUCUGCAUCAUCAUCAAUAAUGUCCAACCAGUUCUCUCAGGGGUGGCCAUUGGAGCAGGAUGGCAAGCUGUUGUUGCUUACGUAAACAUAGGGUGUUACUACAUAUUUGGAAUUCCCUUGGGUCUCAUUCUUGGUUUUUGGCUUCAAAUGGGUGUCCAGGGAAUUUGGAUUGGAAUGCUGACAGGGACGGCCGUACAAACUGCCGUUCUCUUCUGGAUGAUUGGUAAAACCAAUUGGAACACAGAGGCUUCUGCUGCCGAAGAGAGGAUAAGGAAAUGGGGUGGGGAAGAUGAUUCCAAGAAUAAAAAAGGUGAACAAUAAGAGAGAUCCAGGAGUGGAAGGGCCCCCAUUUUGAUUAAUAUUGUUACAAUUUAUGGAUAAAAUAUAUAUAUAGAGCUUCUUA